UGGCGAAAACUGUCAAUCGAGCGUUUGCUUUCGAGUGUGUAAAAUGCAGAUACUCAAUUCUCUCGACUUUUCAUCUACUGUAGCAUUUUUCGAUUCAUUUGCGUGUGUGUUAAAUACCCGUGUAUCUACGUUUCUGUUUUAAAAUGAUGAUUCCAACCAUGCAUUUCGUGCCUGUGCAAUCUGAACCUAAGUGGCCUAUUUCUGAACCUAAAUGUUCAAGUAGACUUUAUUAUGUAAUUCAGAGAUUGUAAUUAUUUUUGAAAUAUGGGAGAAUCCGACCUGCAAGCAAUUUAUAAUAAGAAUAGUAGUAAACGCAACGAAAAUUUAAAUAGAGAAAUUCAAGAUUCUACGGCUGUUGAUUUUUUAAAGAGUCUAGUUGAGUCUUAUUUGAAACGCGGUAAAGUUCAUGAUGCUUUGAAUGCUUAUAUUAGUGCUUACAGUUCGGAUUUCCUGGAUCAGACAUGCCUCGAAACCUUCGUGGCUGGUUUAAUUGAAAAAGCAAGAAAAAUGGUUACCAAAGAUAUGAAAUUUAAUGUGAGUUUUUUUCUAUGUUCCCUGUGUUGUGAUGUUAUGACUGAUCCUGUCACCCUCAAAUGUGGCCACACUUAUUCGAAAAAAUGCAUUCUGUCAGUAUCCCAAACCGAAUCUUUUGUGUGUAGAAAGUGUAAUAAAAGCUACAGCCAUGCAUACCUGUCUCAGUUAAAGAUCAACGUGAAAAUAUCUGCACUUAUUGAAAAAUUCUUGAAAACACAGCAGGCAGAUCAUAAACGUUCUCGAGCAGCUACUCCCGACUGCGUGUGCGGUACAGAUUCUUCCUCUAAUCAAAAUGCAUCAUUUUCGGAAGCAGAUGAUGACUUAGUUGCAUUGGAAGCCUUCUCUUCAAAGUCUUAUUUAAGAAAAGGAGAUUUACUAGUCAAAUUAGAAAAGUAUGAAGAAGCCAUAAAACAUUAUUUAAUUUCCCUAACUUUUGAUCCAAAUUUAACUGAAGCAAAAGAAAAAGCAUUAAAGUUUUUUCAUAAUUUUUUGCAUAAAUGCCCUACUAAGAUGUACACUAAGAAUUUCUGUCCAGGAGAAUUUAUUUCAUCUAAUGUAGCUCGAAUGGAUAAUGAAUCUACUGUUAGCUACUCCCCCGUAAUGAAAGAGAAAAAAUAUGACGGGAAUGAAACAAAGAAUUUGAAUUUGUUGCACUCAAACAAACAAUUGAAAAUUGACAGUCUGCAUGAUAUGUUAGAUGACUUCUAUAAUGAAGUUGAAUAUAUUUCAGAAGAUGAUUUUGUUAAAGACCAGAUUGAUCUAGCCUGCCUUGACAAACAAGAUUUUGAAUGUGCUUUAUGCAUAAGGAUACUUUGGGAGCCAGUUUCUACUACAUGUGGCCAUACAUUUUGCAGAGUUUGCUUGAACCGUUCUCUUGAUCAUCAAACUAAUUGUCCUCUUUGCAAAGCUUCUCUAUCCAGUUUUCUAGCAGAACGUGUACAAAGCACCACUGAAUUUCUUGAAAAGGCGAUUGAAACUUUGUUUCCAAAUGAGUACGCUGAUAGGAAAGCAUCUUAUGAAGAAGAAAUGGAAGAACUUUACAACGCCGGCAAAGAUCCUGAACAUGUUAUUCCCCUCUUUGUUUGUACAAUAGCAUUUCCCACAGUGCCUUGUCCUUUACAUGUGUUCGAACCUCGUUACAGACUUAUGAUUAGACAAUGUAUGGAAUCUGGCAGCCGUCAGUUUGGAAUGUGUGCCUUCAUUGAUAAUGACAUUGCAGAAUAUGGAACCAUGUUGGAAAUCAGAGAUGUACAAUAUUUUCCUGAUGGAAGAUCUGUUGUUGAUACUAUUGGAAGCAGACGUUUUCGGAUUCUUAGAAAAGGCGAAAGAGAUGGAUACAGCACUGGUGCUGUUGAAUUCUUAAAGGAUGAAUCCUUGAAUGCUAAUAAUCUUCAAGAUGUAAUAGAAAUGCAUGAUCAAGUGUACAAGGUCUCUCAAGCAUGGUUUAUGAGAUUGCCAAGAGACACCAAGCAGGAAAUUUUGCAACAUUUUGGGCCUAUGCCUGAAAUAGAAGCCGGUUACAUCAAUUCUGCUAAUGGACCAUCGUGGUUUUGGUGGAUGUUAGCUGUUUUACCUCUGGAACCUAAAUCAAGACUCAUGAUUCUCUCUAUGACAUCUUUACCACGCAGACUCAAAACUCUCUACAGAGUUCUUUUGCAUCUGCAGUCAACAAUUGUUGUAUGACUAGGAUGCAUAACAAAUUUCUUUACAUCUAUUUCAAACAACAUAUAUGAAAAUGAUGUGCUGAAAGUCUUUCUUGGAGCCAUAAUGGUAGCAAUUAUAGCUUUACUUGGGGCUGUUACAUUUUAAAAAUUGUAAAAAGAAUAUGAUUAUUAAUCCCAAGUCAGUGUGUACAGUUAUCUUGGAUUUAUAAUACUUUCACCCCUCUGAAGAAACUUGUUAUUUAAAUUAAAUUUGUGUUCUUUCUAGGAGAUUUUUAUAAAUAAUUCCUUAUAUCAUGUGAUGUGUUCUGUGGACUGAUACCGAAAAUUCAGUAAUAUAUUACUGUCUUAUAAAUAAAAUAUUAAUUUUAAAUGCAUUCAUAUAUCCGUGAUUAUAUAUUGUUCCAAAAUUCUGACAAUUAUGAUGAUUUAUUUGUAAAUGCACAUUUUGCUUUGUGAGUUAAAGAAAGUCAUUGGAUAAUUUUCUGAAACACUAUGCCCGACAAUUAACAGUCGAAAAGUAAUGUAUAGGAUAUCUCACAUGUUUCUUUUUUAUAAUUUAUUCUUUUAAAUUCUUUAAAGAUCAAUUAAACUUUCUUAAUUUAUAUGAUUUGAAAUAUAUACAUGUGGAUUAUCUUAGAAUGCACAUUUCUGUUUUUCAGUUCAAAUCUAAUUCAAAAGUAAAAGCAUAUUAAAAAAUAAAUUGUGACCCAGUACCUUGUUCUAAUGACAUUUAAUUUUGUUUGCUCUCUUUGUUUUUUGGUUUAAUAUAUACUUUAUUAAAUAAGAUACAUCUAUGCACUGCAUACGUUUAUUUCGUUAAUUUGAUAAUUGAUAUGCCUAGGUAAUGUGACUUAAGUAAUUUGUAGCUUUUGAAUGUAUUGAUACCAGCAAUAAUUAAUGCCUUGUAUAGUAUAUAUUUCCCAUUCAUUUGGGAUGGGAAAAUGUCAUAGAAUUAUAACUCUUCAUCUCCCAUUUGCUUUUUCUUAUUUAAAAUUUGAAUAAGAAAGAUAUUUAGUCUUUUUAAUCCUUUGAAACAAUCUGAAGCAUUUUGUUAUCCUGUCUGUUUGCUUAAAAAGCUAUGAUGAGAAAUAAGUGUAGGUACUAAAUGUGUUUACUCAAACUCGGACUAUAAAUAUUAUUACAAACCAGUUUUUGUUUUAUUAGACUAAUGAACAGUAACUUGACUUUAGUCUUCUUAUCCUGCCUUCUUAGAUUGUAGCAGUAAACCCAUCUGCUCAAAAUAUGUGGAAAUGUAUUUUUUAGUAAUUUGACAGAUUUUUGCAUUGUGGAGGAUUUGAAUUGAUUCUAUAUAUAUAUAAUAUUAACCAAAGGUUUGCAAAUCUUUCAAAAUGUAUUGGAAUCCAAUUGUAAUUUAGAUGUUUAAAAAAACGAAAAAAAGAGUGAUCAUUACAAUUGUGCCUGUUUUUAUGCCGAAUAUUUAAUAAUUUUGAUUAAAGCAUUCUUAUUUUAUUAUUUGUCUUUUAAAACAUUGCAUGACAGAUGAAUGCAAAAGAAAAAAUAUAUUUCACUUCUUACUGGGCUGUUCUGAAUAUUGUGUGAAAUAUUGCUCUAUUCAAUUAUAUAAUUCAUAGAAUACUUUUUAAAAAGUUACAUUUAUAAGUUUACAGAAAGUCAUUCAAUAUAAUUAUCAGAUUUUAAUGUUUGAGAUCUUUGGAAUGAGAAAAUGUGUUUUGUGCCUUUUUAUAGUAGAAAUAUUGAUUAGACUGAUAAACAGUGAAGGGAAACAUAGUGCUGUACUGUUUAUUUUCGAAUUCAAAAACCCUCCACACUUUAGUGUGUGUGUUUGUUUAUUUAGUCAAAAUAUGGGUGAGAAGAAAGAUGAAGGGAGGCGAUGCUUACAUUUAACCGUAAGGUGAACUCGGUUUAUUCGUGGACUUAGGAGGCGUAAAAAUUGCAAAUAAUUUGUAAUAUUGUGAGAAAAAUAUACUAAUUUCACAAUAAAAUGCUUUAGAGCAAUUUUUAUUUACUGUAAGGAAUCUAAACAUUAAAUUAUAAUGAUAAGUAAGUUUAAUUGCUCUUGAAUAAUAUAUGUAUGCAAUUUUCUAUCAAAUUUUUGUAGAAAUUGUAUAAAUGUGGAAUUUUUUUAUUAUAGGCGUUAGUGUAUAAAUGCAUUUUCAAGGUAUACUUCUAUCGAUUGAGUGUUAAUAUUUUCUGCAAGUUUAAUUAUUGCUUCAGACUAAAUUUCUUAAAAUUUUUGAAAAUCACAAAAGGUUUAAAGUUCAUACAUAAUGAUAUGAGUAAAGAAUGUGCAAAAUCAAAUGGCUUUAACUGUGUUUCCCUUUAUACUGUUCUGUUCGAGUCACUGCUGGAAUUUUCAAAAGCAGCAGGCUUUUAAGAAUCUUGUAACCAUUCUUAAAAAUUUAUUAUGCAUUUACUUUGUUAUAGUAAAUGUUUUGGAACUGACAUCAAAAUGUUAAUUUUCACAAACAAGUAGUAAUAAAUUGUUAAAUGGAGACAUUUGAGCAAAAUUGCCUGAACAUAAAGCUGCACCAUUAUGGCAAUAAUAUUUAGGAUGUUUGAAAGGGGAAAAAAUGUUUCUUUUCUUUCAUUUAAAAAAAAAAAGGCUAUUGCUUUCAAGAACAGAUAAAAGUUGUUUGCUUCUCUACUCCAACUUGAACAGAAAUAUGCUUUUUAGUCUUUUAAAUUAUUGUAAAAAUUAUACUAGUAUAUAAAUUAUUAUGUUCAUUACAAUAUCUCAUUGCAAUGCUUAAGUGAUAACUGAUCCUCUUGUACAUGUCCUAUUCAUUUCAUUUGAAAAACUAUUUCAUUUGUGUAUAAAAUCAUCAAAAUAUCAUAAAGUGUAAUAUUGAAUUUAUUAGCUUUAUAUUUAAUUUAACGAAGUUUUGUGUUAAUAAAUGUGUGUGUUUGUUUUCCCGUAAAUUUGCAUGUUUUCUUGUUGUGUUCUUAUUAAGUUUGCAUGAAAUCAAGCUUACAUGUGUAUUACAUUACUCUAAAAAGUCUUCAUUUACGAUUAAAAAAAUACUUUUAUCCAAUAUAAAUUAUUUAUUUUGUGAUGUGCAGUAUUCUGAUAUUAUGUUAUGUUUUUAAACUUUUCUAAAUUCCAUCAGAAAGAUUUGCUCCAUUAUGGUGUACUCUCUAUUUUUUCCUACUAUUUUGUAACAGACAGGAAUAACCUCAACAAGUAGAAGAUUAGUGUGUACAGUAUUCAGAAUAACUGUUAAUGGUACUUUAACAAAUGGGAUUCACUGUAUUUGUAUAUCCGAAUUUCUUUUUGUGAUGUACUCGGCAAUAAUACAAAGUAGCUCAUGAAGAAUUUCCUUCUCACUAUGCAAUUACCAACCGCCUUGUAAAUAUAAUGUUUAUAAUCUAUGUAUUGUCAUAAUUGUUAGUCGUAUCUGAUUUACAUUUAAUUGAUUUAUAAUAAGUAAUUGUUUUCUUUGGAAAAAUAAUAUAUCUGUACAAACCUUAAGAGAUAUUAAUGUAUUCAAUAAAACUCAUAUUAAACAUCUAGUAGUGUUUUAACGAAGUAAUCGAUAAAUUAUAAAUGUUUUGCCAUGCAUGCAAUGUUAUAGUUGUAGAAAAGUAGAGAUUACCUUAUUAUAUGUGUUUUGCUCUUUAUAUGUGCAGCUAGUAUUGAAAAACUGUGGUGAAAUAAAAAUUUUAUAUCUGCAAGACAUUCAUCCAUGGCUAUUAAAAGCCAUGCGAAUUAAUCUUAGUUCCUCUUUUUUAUAUAUAUGUCGACCAUAUUAUAAAUAUAUAAAAAUUUAAAUGGGCCUUAUGCACUGCACAUUUCUGUAUAUAGUAAAAGUAAAGCUUCCUGAUUUCAUGAAAUAAUACAAAUUCUUUAUUGAGUUUAUGAAACAUUUCUUUAAAAUACUCAGAAACACUCUUUAAAGUGCUCCUUUCGAGAAAACAUCGAUAUUUAUUAGUGCUUAAUUCUUAUAUAUUCAGUGUUUUUCUGAAAUGUUUCCAUGAUAAAUUGUAAUAAUUAUUUUAGGCAUAUUAGUACUCAGGAUAAUUAUUAAUAUAGUCCGUAUUUGGGGGGGGGGGGUGAGAUGAAUGCUGUUAAAGACUGUAACUCAUUUCUGUUGUUCUAAAUAUGUUUCGGCGUAACUUAUUUAAAAUAAAUUUCGGAAAAUAGUUUUAAAAUCUUUAUUACAUGAGCAAUGAAAAAGGCAAUUAAUAAUAAUAAAGACAUUUAAUUUAAAUAUCAGAAUUGAUUUCCUUUCUCAGAAAGAUUUCAAUUGAAAUUAACUAUGUUAUAAUAAAAUCUUACUAACUUAUUCUUGAUCCGAACACAAAUGCAGAUUUAGAAAUAAUGAAUAUCCUUUCUUUGUACAAUCCUGAAGUGAAUAUUGCCCUUAUAUGGCUUUUGAAAACUUUUUUUUCUCUUUAAUUGCUUAAGUAAACGAAAACAAAUCUCAAUUCAAAAUUAGUUUGUAAUUAACUAAUGAUCUUAAAAUGUUGUAACGUUUUGUAUCUUCAUAUUUGCUUUACUAGCUGUUCAUAUCCAUCAGUACAUAUCAUGGUGUAACUUGUAAUUAUCUUAAAAUGUAGUGUGAUAGAUCAAAUUGUAGAAAUUCCUGUGAUGUAAUUAUUUUAGUUGUGUAUUUCUAAUUAGUGAUGAUAAAAUUUCUAGUUGUAAAUCUAUAUUCCUCGUCUCAUAUCUUUUUAUUUUAAAAUGCUUAUAUAAUUAAAACUAUCGCAUCUACGUGUUCUACAUGUUUGAUUUCUGCAUUGUCACAUUUGUUGUAUAAUGUAGAAAUAAUUAACUUUUUAUAUAUGUUAUACAUUCUGUUUUGAUAUUAAAAUUUUACAUAUUCGAAUUGAUUGGAAAGAAUCAAUGUGAGCUUCGCCUGUAGUGUUUUGCGAUUAUCUAUUUAUAAAUGUGUGUGUUCUAUGUUUGAUGUUAUACAACUAUUCAACUCUUGUUUCUUCUAAAAUAAGUUCAAAUGUUUUCGGGGUUUUUUUAUAACUAUAUAUAUAUUAGGUACAAAUCAAAUUAGAUAAUGUAAAAUUAAAAUAUGUUUGGUUUUAUUUAAAUUAGUUCAUAAAUAAAUUUUCUGAAAUAAACUAUUACAAAGAUUAAAAAGUGUUCGUUAUUUAAUAAUUAAUUUUGUUAUUUAUAUUGAAAUUAGAAUUUUAAAAAGAUUCCUAUGAUUUUGACAAUGCUAGUAAUUUUGUUUGCAAUAAAUGUUGAAUCUUAAUAGUCCGUAUUGCAUGACUAGAAUAAUUUAAAAUAUUCACUUAUAGACGCGUUCGAAGCAAUGAAAUGCGGUCAAAAACUAACUUCUAAAAUAUCCCUGUUUUGUAUUUUGUAUAUGUAAACAAUUGAAGUGUUUUAAAUUAAUUUUUAGCAACUGUAAAACUACACUUCAUAUAUACAUUAGCGUUUAGUUUAGAAUGAAUAGUGAUUCUGAAAUUUUUUCUGCCCGUAGCUGUAAAAAUUGUUAUUACAUUUAAAAGGCAUGUGUGAGUUAUAGAGUAUUAUUUUUGUUGAAGUAAAUUAAAAAGCUUCUUGAAGAAUGCUGUUUUAGUGUAAUGAAAAUUUUUAGUUACAUUAUUUUAGCUGUUUCAUUAUUAAAAAUUUGAAUAUUGAUUUUAAUUCUCAAGAUUUCUAUUUAAUUUAAAAUUCUCUGAACCAAAACUGUAUCACAAUCAUUUCAGUUUGGUGUAUAAUCCCCGUAUUUAGCAUGUUUCAUGUAUUAUUCAGGUAUUUCCUUAGUAUAACCCAAUUUAAUAUAUGUGUAAAAUUUACCAUUGCUAACUAAAUAAGCACGCGGGAAAUGUUUAUAACAAAAAAAAAAAAUGAUUAUAAUUUUUCUCAUAGGAAAACACAUAAUAUGACUUAAAUUGAACUUUAAUAGAAUCCGGAAAUGAAAAACUUCUUUAAUGUUCAAAUAGUUCUGUGAACCAUGAUGUUUGUUUUCUUUUGUUAAAAGACACAUUUUUCUGAGAUCAUGUUUCCUACAUUUGUGAUUUUUCUUCAGUAAUUGUGUUUUUCAAUUUUUGAGACUUUAAUUUAUUUGUGUAAAAUUUCAUUUCUUAAGUGAAUUAUAAAUAUGUAAUGUAUAACUCAAGUAUGGGAAAUUACAUAAAAAAUAAUCUAAUUUAUUAUUCAAAAGACGUGGAAAUAGUUUUAAUUUGCACAUAGGCUUUUAAUAGUAAAUAAAUUGUCCAAUUUUGUGCACACUGAUUCUCAUGCUAUGAUCCAAGGUAAGAAGAUGAUAUAAUUUUAUCUUUAAAAUUCUAAUUAAUAUGAGAGACAUGAAAUUUUUUUAUAAUUUCAGUUGAUACUCGGUUUUGUGAGGAACUCGAAACCAGUUUUGAUAAAAAUUCAGUUACUUCAGUGAUACUUUUUUACUUCGUAGAAGACUAUUUGUUUACGAAUAUAUUCAUAUUUAACUGCUUGUAGAGUUAUGCCGUUGUAUACAUUUUUGCACCGUAUUUACAGAUGUUAUUACCUUUCUAUUAGCAUAUAUAUCAGAUUAAUAUUUUAUGAAUUUACCAGUCGUACAUUUUCCUAUAAUCUACUAUAUUAAGCACAAGGAUCUAUAUAUUAAGGGUUAAUUAUUAACUAAGAAUCAGCAUUUCUUUCUGCUGUGUGAAAACAGUAUCAAUGUUUAUAAUAAACUGAAUUUUAUGCCUAGUCUUUCUUCAUUCUGAAUUUAUUUAUGCAUUGGUAUUGUGCAAUCUCAAUGCAAAAAUAAUUUUAAUAAUCGAUUAUCGUAUAGAAUAAAGAUAUUAAUUUUGUUCGAUAAUUUUUCAUCCUCGCUUUCAUGAAAGUUACAAUUUGUAACAAUUUUCUUCAACUUAUUAGAAUCUGUCUAAAGUGGAAACUGCUUAAAAUGUAUAGCAUGUUAUCACAUUUUUUGUGAUAAAUAAUUUAAUUUUGACAGUUUGAAAUGAAUUUAUCAAAAUGUGAAAUAUAAAUAAUUUUUUGUUGAAUUACAAAAUUUUGGAAUUCCCUCAUUCAGUAAUUUCUGUAAUCAUUUAAAUGUUUUGAUUUUCCAUGCCACAUACACAUGUAUAAAUCUCUUGUUAUUUCGAAUAAGUUAAUGAAAUUCUUAUGGGCUUCUAAAACUCCCCUUAUGUGUAUGGAUUAUAUUUUGUAUCCAUUACUUAUUAUUUUUUUUCUGUGCAAAGUAUAAAUUCUGUUCUAUCUGAUAUUUUCAAUUCUGUCUUAAGUUUAUUUGAUGAAUCUAAAUCCAUGAUUAUAGUUAUUAAUUUUUAUGUUUAAAAUUGUAUUUCCAUUUUUUUCCUUAUAUUAUUAUUCCUUAUUAAUAUGGUCGAGGAAAUUAAACAUAAUAUCCUUCCAAUAUUAAAAAAAAAAAAAAAAAAAUGGAGAUUUUUUUUGUAAUUUGAUUUACAAUUUGUGAACUGUUAAGAUAGAACAAGAAGUUCAUUUGAUGAGGAUUUUAACUAAAACAUUUCAGUGAUAUUUCAACGAAUUUAUAUAAUUUUUAUUUAUCAGAAUUGUAAAAAAAAAAAAAAAAAAGAAGAAAUUCUUUUGAAUGACGUGAUUAAUGUCCCAACUUUCUUUGUCGUAUACUAAGAUUCCUAUGCAAAAUACUGAUAUGGAUUAUGAAUAGAAAUCCUUAUUUUUAUACUGUUCGUUUUAAAUUCAAUAUAUUUAAAUAUUAAGAUAUAUUUGUAGAAAUGCUUGUUCGUAGAAAUACUCAUUAAAAAAAAUUUGAUAGUGUUAUGAUUGUUCAUGUUUGUUGUUGAAUAAAAUAAAUACCUUUUUGUAUAUUUUUUUCCGCUGCUUUUCUUUGAAAUAUUAAAAUGCUCUAAAUGAUACUCCUAUGAUAAUUUAUAUUUUUGUUAAUUUAUCCGUCACAUAGAGAUUCAUAUGACAGUGGCUUCACUUAAUUUUGUGUUUAGUUUACCUCUUUCAUUGCAACUGUUAUUCAUUUUCAUGACUGACAGUGAGUUACUGUUGCCUUAGUCCUGUGUACAAACUUGGUGAUUUAGUGAUAUGCAAUUUUUUUUUAUUUAAAUUAUACUGAUUAUAUUCAAGAACACAAGAGAAUUGUAUUAAUUUGUACCAAUAAAAUACACAUCUCUUAUAAAUA